AUGCUACCCAUCGUUCUCCUUGGAAUUCGUGCCGCUUGGAAGGAAGAUCUUAGCGCAACUUCUGCCGAUCUCGUUUAUGGAGAGCCAAUUCGUUUACCAGGUGAAUUCCUAGCGGUUUCGCCACGAUCUGGUUUGCCACCAUCCAACUUGGCAUUACGCUUGAGAAAUUACUUCGCAGACCUGGCACCACAACCCAUUGUCCGACAUGGUCAGAGGAAACCAUUCAUCUUCAAAGGACUAUCUACAUGUUCACAUAUUUGUAUUCGUCGCGACGCUCACCGAGUCAUUUCAAAGCAUGAAAAAUAUUUCAUCGUAAACGUCAAAGGCGAAAACACUACAGUUUCGAUCGACCGACUAAAGCCUGUGCAUUUACUUCCCGACGAUAAGCUCAACGAGAGUGAGCAGCAUAACGACGAUGACAACAACACUACGCUUACUACAUCAACUUCACCAGAGUCAUCUGAGCCUCGGACAUCUCGAUUUUCGUCGCCAUCAUACCGCCCAUCUGAAUCCGAUUCCAACUUAUCUACACCGUCACCCAAGAGACGCGUUAGAUUCCGCUGA